UAAAAGAGACAGAAAAAGCAAAAAGGCAUGCCGUGCGUCAGCCACGUUUAAUAAGUAAGAUAAGAAUCGGCACCGAGGGAUUGAAUUCGAUAGCCAUGGCGACCGCCACCUACGUCACAACUCCCCCGGCUUUAGCUCCACCUGGACAGCCCGACAUUUCUUACGCGCCGGACUUUGAGAAAUACCAAGUCCGGCGAGAGAAACGCAUUAAGGCUGGUGGAUUGCAGAAGCUGCUUCCCGAGGGGCUUCCGGGACAGCUUAGGGGCAAGCUGGUUUGGGAGGGCGAUACUCUUGCGGAGACGUACAAUUGGACUUAUGUUCUGACACCCAGUCAACUAGAAGAGAUUGAGAGCGCGGUGAAACACUUUAAAUCGCUCAAUCUACCCCUUGGGUAUGUGAGCCAGGAGAGCUUUCCACUGCCAGAAUUACAUUCUGAGCUUCGACGAUUAUCGGACGAACUCCACAACGGCCACGGCUUUUUUGUUAUACGAGGUUUGCGCGUUGACGAACAUUCCCGCGAGGAGAAUAUUAUUAUCUACGCGGGUCUGUCAGCACAUAUCGCACCUAAACGUGGCCGACAAGACAACAAAUUCGAUGGUAAACCUGCGGCCGUCACACUAUCUCAUAUCAAGGACUUGAGUGGACCUGGACGUAAUGAAUUAAUCGGAAGCCCGGCAUAUACCACGGACAAACAGGUAUUUCAUACCGAUUCUGGUGAUAUCGUAUCUUUAUUCGCCCUCGAGACAGCUGCCGAAGGGGGUGCAAGUAAGCUUGCCAGCACAUGGAGAGUGUAUAACGAGAUCGCUCGUACCCGCCCCGACCUGAUUCAUACUUUGAUAAAUAACUGGGACGUGGAAAACUUCGCUGAACAGCAGUACACAUCGAGGCCCCUGAUGCACUACCAACCAGCCACAGAUUCGACCCCAGAACGCGUUGUACUGCAGUAUGCCCGUCGUUCGUUCGUCGGGUUCGGCGCCCUACCCCGAAGUCCGAAUAUCCCUCCCAUCACCGAAGCGCAAGCUGAAUCGCUUGACACAUUGCACUUCCUGGGUGAGAGGUACUCCGUUAACACAUAUUUUGAGAAAGGAGAUAUUCAAUACGUGAACAACUUGGCACUAUUUCACGCUAGAGACGGGUUUACAGAUGCAGGAGAUAAGCGGCGGCAUCUCUUGCGACUCUGGUUACGCGACCCUGAGAACGCGUGGGAGACGCCACAACCGUUGAAGACUAGAUGGGUGGGUCUUUAUGAUGACUUGAGACCAGAGGAUGAAGUUCUGCCAUUGGAACCAUACAUUCGGAGCGCCAGCAACAAGAGUAAAUGAGCUUCUCAAUUGCGGCUGCUUGGUGAAUGUAACAGUUAUUAGUACGUUGAAAUUCACCAGAGCAAUUGCUUAAGGUAUAGUUGAUAAUGAAGUAAAUUACACCUAUGAGUGGCCCUGUCGGUUCUAUUUCAACCGCCGUGAUAUUAAUUGCUUAAUGCCAAGUUGGUUUCUGUGUUACCACUGGGCUUGAUCCGUCGGCCAAGCACGGAUUUGACGUGGGGUGCGUGGCGGUAUCGUCGGCGCAUCCGACUAACUUGUCUCACGCCGCGUAGCUUUCUAUGUCUAGCAGAUUAUCUCCCAUCAUCUACCAACGUUACUUGGCAAC